AUGUCUGGAGAGGACGCACCUGCCCAGCAGCAAAACGCCGUGGACCAGAAGCAGGAGACCAAACCCACCGAGGAGCCCAAGUCCGAGCAGCCCAAAACGGAACCUGCCCCCGCCGGGGCGGCCGAGGCUGCGGCCACCCCCGCGGCCCCGGCCGAGAAGGUCCCCGAGGAGGAGACCUUCUCCUACCGCGCUCUGGUGCUCACGGGCUACGGGGGCUACGACAAAGUCAAGCUGCAGGUGAAGAAGGGCAAGCCGGCGCUCAAAUCCGGCGAGGUCCUGGUCCGGGUCAAGGCGUGCGGGCUAAACUUCGCCGACCUGAUGGCCAGACAGGGGCUCUACGACCGCCUGCCCUCCCCGCCGGUCACCCCGGGAAUGGAGUGCUCCGGGGUGGUGGAGGCUGUGGGGGAAGAAGUAACGGACAGAAAAGUUGGCGAUAAGGUAAUGGUGCUGAAUCGCUUUGGGCUAUGGCAGGAGGUGGCCGUGGUGCCAGCCAGCCACACCUUCCUCAUCCCAGAGGGGAUGAGUUUUGAAGAGGCAGCAGCCCUCCCCGUCAACUACAUCACUGCCUACAUGAUGCUGUUCGACUUUGGCAACCUGCGGCCAAACCAGAGCGUCCUCGUCCACGCCGCUGCAGGCGGUGUGGGCAUUGCCGCAACUCAGCUGUGCCAGACUGUGAAGGAUGUUACCGUGUUUGGCACUGCGUCGGCCAGCAAACACGAGACCAUCAGCCAGGGUGGAGUCACACACACCAUCGACUAUCGCACCAAGGACUAUGUGGAAGAGGUCCGCAAGAUCAGUCCGAAAGGCCUGGACAUAAUACUGGACCCUCUCGGAGGAUCAGACACCCAUAAGGCCUACAACCUGCUCAAACCAAUGGGCAAACUUAUUACCUAUGGUGCAGCAAACAUGCUGGCAGGCCAGAGGAAGAACCUGCUAGCUGUGGCCAAGAACUGGUACCACCAGUUCUCCAUCCACACACUCAGCCUGAUCCAGGGGAACAAAUCAGUGUGCGGCUUUCACCUAGGUUACCUGGACGGGGAGACGGAGCUCAUUGCCCAGGCAAUGAGCACCGUCCUGGAUCUGCACAAACAGGGCAAAAUCAAACCCCGCAUCGAUUCCACUUGGCAUCUUGAGCAGGUUGGCGACGCCAUGAGAAAGAUGCAGGAGAGGAACAACAUCGGCAAAGUGAUCCUCACCACAGAGCCAAUGCCCGAGGAGGAAAAGAAGGAAGAGGCAAAAAAGGAGGAUAAGAAAGAGGACAAGAAGAAAGAGGAAAAGAAGAAAGAUGACAAGAAGAAGGACGAUGGAAAGAAGGAGGAGAAGAAAGACGAAAAGAAGAAAGAAGAGGCUAAGAAAGAAGAGAAGAAGGAGGAGAAGAAGGAGGAAGAGAAGAAGGAAGAACCCAAGAAGGAGGAAAAGUGA